ACGAAUGCCACUUGUCUGAGCGGGCCGCGCGCAAACGCAAGGUGGUAGGACAGGGAACGCGGUAGGUGACGUGACAUGACGUGCGCGCCGGCGAAAUCAAAGGGGUAGAAUAAUCAGCACACGCCGCCGUGCCUGCGGCCGAAGGCAGCGACCUUCAGUCAUUGAUCCUUAAACCUUAGGCGCGUCUUUUGUUCGUUGCAUCCGUCGCGUCAACAAUAGUCACAGCGUUUCGGACACAGACUUAUAAGUCUAUGGCUUCGGACAACGGCGAUUGUUUUUAACGCUCUCUAGUAUCUAGAACAAUGUCUCUCCCUAUCUAAAACACGUCUUCCUGUAAAUGCUAUUAUUGAAACCAAGAAAACGGAGUAACGACCGAUUUUAACCCGUUUUUUUUAUAAAUGUUACAGCUUAUUCCAUACAUCGCGAUGAAAACUUCGCAUGUCAAGUGACCAAAUGUGGAGUUCGACCGGCGUGGAUCGCGCGACUCACGCGGAUAUCUCUAGCCAAUGCGACAUUCGGCCACGGUAUUAAGUCGUGCGAAACUUUUCGUUGCGAAAUACGCCAAGUACCGAUGGGGGAAAAUUAAAGGAUGGGACAUACUUUUACCACUACGAGGCAAGGUGAGACAGAGAAGACGUGAAUGGGACGAUCGCGUAUCCAGAAUGAGGGAAGAGAUAAUAGCAAGAACAGCAAUAGAUGGGAAAGACCCCAGAAGACCCCCAGGAAGACCCCCAAAGAGAUGGAUGGACAGCUGGAUCGCAAGAGACGAAUUAAAAGCCAGAACUAUGUGUUCAAUGUAUCAGGAACUCUAGAACUAUUAGAAAGGAAGUCAGAACUCUAAAAAAUUAGUGAUUUUCCACGAAAUGAUAUGCCAGCUUCACACACACGACGAAUUAUUCGGAAAAAACAGGCUGAAGCCUAAUUUAAGGGGUAGAAGAAGAAGAAGAUGUUUCCCUUAAGGGCCAGCUUCACGAAAGUCAGUUAGGCCCAGUUUCACAAACGUCGGUUAACUGCUAACCGAAGAUUAAUUGAUCCUCCGUCUCUUCUUAGAG